ACACUCUUAUCCUGAAAAUCCCGAUCGGAAAUACUCUCCCAAACGCCGGCGGGACACGAGCGGCGGUGUUUUGGCGUGAGGCAUGGCAGCCCACAGUAACACCUCCAUCCGCGUGCGCUUGCUCUUUGACUACCCGCCGCCGGCCGUCGUGGACUGCCGCAUGUGCUGGCUGCUCGUGGACCUGAACGCGUGUCGCGUGGUGGCGGACCUCGAGAGCGUCAUCAGGGAGAAGUUCGAUUUCGGCCGUGGGAGCAUCCUCAGCCUCUUCGUGGAAGGCUGCUACCUGCCGCACACGGAGAGCGUGUACGUGGUGCGCGACAACGACAGCGUCAGGGUGAAGGUGGACUGUCUGGCCCGGGUGAACGGGCACAGCAGCAGUCCGGAUACUUUCAGUGGAAACGUCAAAAAGAGACGGAGAGAUGCAGAGGAGGAUGGGCUGGGAGAAAACACAGUGAUGAAAAAAAAGAAGAAAAAGAAGAGUGUGGAAACGGCGGUGAGAGAUACUGUGCAGGCUUCAGGUGAUGAGACACAUAAGGAACCAGUAGCGAAGAAAAAGAAGAAGAAGAAGAAGAAGAAGAAACAAAAGAAGGUUGAGGAAAAAGGCCCACCUGUGGUCCCCAAACCAGCUGCUACUCCUAAAAAGACCCCAGUUAAGGUCCCCAAGACGCCCCCAGUGGCAAGGUCAAAACCCCAGAAGGCCUCUUCUUCAGAUGCCAGCAGCAGCAGUAGUGAGGAGGACAAAGCUCCCAGAAAGCCGGCUCCCCAGAAAGCAGCACCAAAGGCGCCCACCUCCGCCCCUGCUGCCUCUAGGGCGCCUCCGACCACCAAACCCACCCAGACAAAGUCCCGCCCUCCUUCGUCAUCCUCCUCAGAAACCUCAGACGACGAGGCUGCCGUUGUAAAAAGCACGCCGAAACCCCCCUCCAUAACACUCAAAGGGGGGGUGAACCCCAAAGCACAGCAAGCUAGUCCAGCCCAGCGGCCCGCAGACGGAGAGCAGAGACAAGCUGCGCGUGUGGCGCCCCCCCCUGGCGAUGACUCCGACAGCGAGGAGGAGAUCAAGCUGGUCAUCCGGCAGCCGGCGCAGCAGCCAGUCCUCGGCCUGGGUGCCCGUCAGUCGCCUUGGAGGGGCCGAGGACACGGUGGCCGUGGAGAAGGACGCGGUGGGCUUGGAGAAGGACGCGGUGGGCGUGGAGAAGGACGCGGUGGGCGUGGAGAAGGACGCGGUGGGCGUGGAGAAGGACGCGGUGGGCGUGGAGAGGAAGUGGGGCGGGGGGCCGGUAGAGGGGCCGCCAGAGGGCAUGGUGCCAGCUUUGGGUUCAGAUACGAAGGAGCCGAGGAGCCGUCCUGCCGCAGCGAUCAGCUGACAAACCUGUCCGCCAUCAUCCAGAACGGAGCAGAACGUGCCCCCAAAAAGGACUACAGCUGCAUGCCGCUGCUAGCCGCGCCUCCACAGGUGGGGCAGAAAAUUGCUUUCAAGUUACUGGAGCUAACUGAGAACUACACUCCAGAGGUAUCACAAUAUAAGGAGGGGAGGAUUGUGACCUUCGACCUCACCACCAAACAGAUUGAGCUGCAACUACUCAACGGCUUUCAAGCUCCCGUGGAACCGGGAAAGUUCGACCUGGUCUAUCAGAACCCGGAUGGGUCGGAGAGCGUCGAGUACGCAGUGGUCAGAGGCUCUCGGGUGACUGAACGCUGGGACUCUCUGCUGGAACCAAGGCUGAUCAUUUAAAGCAAACUAAACAGUGAUUUUGUGCACACAGCCACCAUGAACUUGUUCUCUAGUGCCUGAGUUUAAAUUAGGGAGUCCUACAUGCUGUUUGAAUUCUGUACAUCACAUAUGACAAAGAGAAAGCAAAGGGGUAUGAUUAAAGUUUGUCUUUCUUCCCUGUACAUGAAAGUAAAUGACCCCUUUACACAGAAGAGCUACUACGGCUGAAUGUAUUGACCAAUGUUAUAAUUGUUGCAUUUUAAUUGGGUUUGGAAAUGUAAUUCUUUUUUUCUUUUUUUUCUUUUUUAGCUUAAAUAUUUAGGUUGACCGUGUGGUCCCUUCCAGAACCGGGACAUAAUGGUUUUAUGUUUUGUAGUGUGAUGUGACUUUGAUAUGCGUCUUGUAAAAAUAUUUUCUAAUAAAACACAUUGGUGGAUGUCUA